UCAAGAAAUACUAAUGUCAUAUGAUUUCAUUUUCUUGGGUUAAUAGUUGCCUCAUAUGAUUACCAAUUUUUCAGAUUUUUAACUAAGAAGCUAGCAAUCAUGGCCACAACGAUGAACGUUUUCUCUACCAAAUGGUCCUCCGAAUUGGAUAUAGAAGACUAUAGUAUCAUCCAAUACCACAUGAAUUCACUCGUCGGAGAUGUUCCACAGUCUCUCUCAUCUCUUGAUGAUACCACCACUUGUUAUAACUUUGAUGCUUCUUAUAAUGAUGAUUUGGUCGAAGAGAAACCUUCAAAGAUCCUCAAGACCACUCUCAUAUCGCCAAAGUUACAUCCUUUUUCUUCUUCCAAUCCUCCUCCUCCAAAGGACCAGCCCUCUUCUACGAUUAUUUCUUUCGAAAAGACGGGUUUAAAUGUAAUGAAUCACAACUCUCCAAACUUAAUAUUUAGCACCAAGGAAGAAGAAAUUGGAUUACCAAACCAGAAAAAAACCGAGCUGAUAAUAAGAGGGACAAAGAGGGCGCAACCCUUGACUCGAAGCCAAUCAAAUGCUCAAGAUCACAUACUCGCAGAGAGAAAACGGAGAGAGAAGCUUACUCAAAGAUUUGUAGCUCUUUCAGCCCUAGUUCCUGGCCUAAAGAAGAUGGACAAGGCUUCUGUGUUGGGAGAUGCAAUAAAGCAUAUAAAGUACCUCCAAGAGAGUGUGAAAGAGUAUGAGGAACAAAAGAAGGAAAAAACAAUGGUUGUUGUAAAGAAGUCUCAGCUAGUUUUAGACGAAAAUCAUCAAUCAUCAUCAUCCUCCUCAAAUCGCGACUUCUCGAGUUCAAAUCUUCCAGAGAUAGAAGUUAGGGUUUCGGGAAAAGAUGUUCUUAUUAAGAUCCUAUGCGAGAAGCAAAAGGGUAAUGUGAUCAAGAUUAUGGGGGAAAUUGAGAAGCUUGGUUUGUCUAUCACCAACAGCAAUGUCUUGCCCUUUGGACCCGCUUUUGACAUCUCUAUUAUCGCUCAGAAGAAUAACAAUUUUGAUAUGAAAAUCGAUGAUGUUGUGAAGAACUUGAGUUGUGGCUUAUCAAAGCUCACUUAAUUGGUUUCACGUUUCAUACAUAUGCACAUUCAUCAUCAAUUUCUCUAUCCGAAGAAUCCAAAAUCGGGUUUUCCAUGAAAGUGGUUUUUUAAAAGUUGAUAAGCUUGUUGUAUGGAGGUUCUUAAGUCAUUAAAAGAUCCUUGUUCUUAUGUUGUUUAAGUCUACUCUUCCUCUCCAUGAAAGUGUUUUUUCGCAGUUGUAAGUUUGGAUAUAUAUUUCCUGCGAUGUAAAGCAUUUCGUUAGUUUAAUAAAUGUACGGUGUGUUUCUUAAUAAGUUUGA